AUGAGUAACUUAAAUAGAUUUGUAAGAGACAGUUUUUGGGGUAGAAUUGUCUACCAUAUAUCGGGACAUAAAUUCUUUUAUCACCAAGAAGAAAGUCCAGAUUAUGUAAUUCCUGAUAAGUAUUUGGAAGAAUUAAAGAAAGUUGAUACUAAUAAUAGCAAACCUGAAGCUGUUAUACCUGAACGUAAUGAUUCUACUGAAACGACUAACUCCGAUGAUAAGACCUUAUACAACGAUAAUAGAAUAAUAGUAGGAUGGGAUGGCGAUGAUGAUCCAGAAAAUCCAAAGAAUUGGCCAAUAUUCGAAAAAUCCUUGGUUAUAUUUCAAAUUUGUUUUUUAACUACUGUUGUGUACAUGUCAUCAGCUAUUUUCACUCCUGGUAUUGAAAGUAUGAUUGAAGAUUUACAAGUGACAAGAGUCAAAGCAACCUUACCGUUAACCAUGUUUGUUAUUGGUUAUGGUAUAGGACCAAUGUUCUUAAGUCCUUUAAGUGAAAACGCUGUUUUCGGAAGAACCUACAUCUACAUUAUCACAUUGUUCAUCUUUUUCAUUUUGCAAAUUCCAAUUUCCUUGGUGAACAACCUUCCUGCUUUAGCAACUUUGAGAUUUUUCAGUGGUUUAGCUGCAAGUCCAUGUUUAGCAACCGGUGGAGCUUCAAUGGGGGAUAUAACAAACAUGCCUUACUUACCAUUAACAAUUGCUUUAUGGUCAAUUUCCGCUGUUUGUGGACCUUCUUUAGGGCCUUUGGUUGGAAGUGUCUUGGUGAUCAAAAGAGACUGGCAUUGGACUUUCUGGUUAGUUGCAAUGACUUCCGGUAUUGCUUUGACUGUUUUUAGUUUCUGUUUACCAGAAAUGUUCGAAAAAACCUUACUUUUAAGAAAAGCUAAAAGAUUGAGAAAGGUUACUGGAAACCCAAACAUUGUCAGUGAAGGUGAAUUAGAAAAUGAAGGUUUAACCGUUAGACAGUUAGCUGUUGAUACUUUAUGGAGACCAAUCGAGAUAACACUCUUUGAACCUGUUGUUUUAAUGAUCAACGUUUACAUUGCGUUAGUUUACUCGAUCAUGUAUCUUUGGUUUGAAGCUUUCCCAAUCGCAUACAUAGGCACAUACCACUUUAGUUUGAUUGCUAUGGGUACAACUUAUUUAAGCGUUGCUGUUGGUGUUUUGCUUGGUGCAGUCAUCUACAUGUUUUACAUCUACAAAAAGUUUGUUAUUCCUUUCCGUAAUAAUGAACCUAUUUUACCUGAAGUUUUCAUUCCAAUUAUGAUUGUUGGUUCAGUAUUCAUGCCAAUCGGUGUUUUCAUCUUCGGUUGGAGUGUCAGUACUGAGACACAUUGGUUUGGAUCAUUGGUAGGUGGUGCUUUAUUUGCUGUUGGUGCCUUCAUCAUUUUCCAAUCAUCAUUUUUAUACUUAGCUAAUUCUUUCCCAAGAUACUUAGCUUCUGUAUUUGCCGGUAAUGCCUUAUUUAGAUCAGACAUCGCUGCCGUUUUCCCAUUAUUCGGUGAUGCAUUAUUUAAUAAUUUAGCCACAGAAAAGUUCCCAGUUGGUUGGGGUUCAUCCAUCUUGGGAUUUAUCAGUGUUGGGAUGAUCGCUAUCCCAGUACUAUUUUAUUUAAAUGGUCCUAAGUUAAGGGCAAGAUCAAAAUAUUCUGGCUACACCUAA